AUGUCCAGUCAAGGCCAACGCCAACUUGUGUGUCUCGCCCGAGCUCUCCUCAGACGCUCGAAGGUCCUCGUGUUGGAUGAGGCCACGGCCGCUGUCGACCCCCAAACCGAUCAGCUGAUUCAACGGACCGUGCGCAAGGAGUUCGCCGCCAGCACCGUGCUCACCAUUGCUCACCGUCUCGACACGAUUCUCGACUACGACAGGAUAAUGGUUCUGGACACAGGUCGCCUAGUUGAGAUGGGACAGCCUCAGGAGCUGGAAGCUCGUAGUGGAUCGUUAUUCCGUGGAAUGCUUAAGAAGUCAAAUCUCCUUGGAGCAGUCCCGAAGAAAUCGAAGUAG